CACAGGCUCACAGUGAGGCAGCAGCAGUUCAUUCUUGGUGAGCUGCAGCAGAGCCACUACCUGUUGUCACUGGAGGGGGCUUAGAAUAUUUAUAGAUACUUAGUAUCUCAUUGAUGGAUAAUAAAACAUGGCUUUGGAGAAAGAAAUCCUCCGAAAGGACAAUUUCAACGAAGAACAAAGCCAAUAUAUCUGAGAGGGAACAGGAGAAGGAGAAGAUUGCACGGUUAGAGAGAUCCUUGCAAUGCUUAAAUGAAAAGCUUUCAUAUGCUCAAGCUGAAUGCGUGGAGAAGGACGCUAUUUUAGCUAAGCAAGCAAAAGUGGCUGAAGAAGCAAUAUUAGGUUGGGAGAAAGCUGAAGCUGAAGCGGUAGCUAUUAAGACACAACUUGAUGAUACUCUAGACCAGAAAGCUGCAAUUGAGCAAAGGAUUUGCCAUCUUGAUGAGGCUCUAAAUGUUGCAAUGGUAGAGAGGGAGUUAUUGAUAAAGGACACUGCUAAAAUGAUUUCUCAUGAGCAAGUUAAAGUUGAGAAGCUAGAAGGAGAUGUAGUAGAGAAAAUAAACAUAAUUGCUAGCUUGGAUUCUGAUAAUAGGCAACUUUCUGAAAUGCUCUCAAUGAAAGAGAAAAUGAUCUCAGAGUUAACUGAAGCAAAGGCAGUGAUAGAGUCAAAUUUCAAGAUCCUUUCGGGAAAGCUAGAGUCAGCAGACAAAUUGAAUUCUUCUCUUAGAUAUGAGGUUUGCAUGCUGCAGAAGCAACUUGAUAUUCGAAGUGAGGAAAGGAAAGUUAAUCUGAAAUCUGCUGAUGCUGCACAUAAACAACAUCUUGAGAGCGUAAAAAAGAUUACAAAACUUGAAGCAGAAUGCCAGAGAUUGCGUUCAAUGGUACGUAAAAGGUUACCAGGCCCUGCUGCCAUUGCUAAAAUGAGAAGUGAAGUUGAAACAGUGGGUAACAAUUCAGUAGUAACUAGGACGAGAAGGUUCAAUUCUACAACAAAUCUGGUGCAGAACUCCUACCAUGCAUCACAUGAAAGCUCUUCAUUGCUUGCAAGACUGCAUGCAAUGGAAGAUAAAAAUAAGAGUAUGAAGGAAUCUCUUUCUAUUAAGGAGGGUGAACUCCAGUAUUCCCAGACCAUGCUUGCUCGCACAACCUCUAAACUUUCCCAAGUUGAAGCCCAGCUUGAGGAGUUAUCAAGAGGUCGGGUUGCAACAGAAUUAGUAAAAAGCAGUCCUACAGUGGUUGAGAACCCUCUUUCAUCAAUCUCUGAGGACGGUUGCAAUGAAGAUAAUAUCAGCUGCUCAAGCUCAUGGGCGUCUGCCUUGAUUUCUGAACUGGAACACUUCAAGAAGGGGAAGCUGAGGACACCAUCUUGUAAGAGUACCGGAGUAUCAGACUUGAGUUUCAUGGACGACUUUGAAGAGAUAGAAAAGUUAGCAUUGAUAUGUGAUGCAAAAACUACAGAAUCGUAUGAUUCAAAGAGGGAGAGCAGAGAAUUAUCAGGGAAAGAGCUGGUAACAGUUGAUGGUCCCAGCGAAACAUCUAACCAGCUUCAUCAGCACAAGAUUGAGAAGGCAGUCCUGAAGUUGAUAGAACUUAUUGAGGGAGUUAUCCAGAGAUCAUCAAAAGAUUAUAGUAGCGCUGUUGUGCUGCCUGGUGGCAGUGAGGGCGAUCACUCUAACACGUUGACAGACUAUGUUGCCCGUGCAUUCCUGUGGAAAACGUCAGAACUUAUUUCUGUACUACAAAAUUUCGUUCUUGGGUGUAACGAGCUUUUGUAUGGGGGUACUGAUGUUGAAAGAUUUGUGCUUGAAGUCAAUAUCACACUAGACUGGAUAAUCAGCCACUGCUUUUCACUCCAAGAUGUAUCAGACAUGAGGGAGGCUAUUAUAAAUAAUUUGGAGUUAAAUAACAGUUCUGGACUAGAAGUUGUUCCAGUAAUUAAGCAUACAGGAUUCCAAACAACAGAUGGCAUGUGUGAACCCAGGACACCUAACAAGAUGCAGAUGUCAAUAGUAUCCGUAUCAAGCUUAAUGGAUAUUGGAUGUAGAGAUGAUGACGACGCAAGAACUUUAACAAAUAAAGCACCAGUCUCUAAAUGUCAGGAAUCAGAUGGAAAAGCUUCAACGCUACGAGCAGAACUUAAUGCAUUGAAAGAAACAGGAAAAAUAAUGGCACAUGGUGUCAAUGGUGAAUCGACAAUCAGUGAACUAGGGAAACCAUCCAACUAUGACAUAAACAAGGGAUAUCAACAUGGAGUGUCUUCUCUUGAAUCCAAGCUUCAGCUAGAACGUUGCCCUGCUAAAGAAGGUACAAAAUAUGUUUGUAGGAAUGAAGAGCAGCAUGUACAGAUGCAGCUGGAGAUCUCAACAGCGUCAGACAAGCUUAUCGAGUGUCAGGAGACAAUCCUAAACCUGGGAAAGCAACUGAAAGCACUUGCAUCUCCAAAGGAUGCAAUCCUUUUUGACAAAGUGGUUCAUACUUCAGUUCAGUCCGAGCGAAAGCCCCGGUCUCAGUCACUAAAUGAUAUGCUAGCCAUGGACGAUGGAGGAUUCGACUGCCUCAGCUCCCCCAAAACCAAAGAGAUCAUAUGUGCAGAGCUAAGGUCACGGCAUGAAAGAAGCUGUUCUGUCGACAACGGAGGUGAUGAUUCAGUAACAUGCAGUUCCCACCCAAUGCCGGUGGUGCCACUAGCGAAACCUUGCCGCGUGGAUGGAGCUUGCAAGGCUGUAGCACUUGUGCCGAGCAAGCAGAAGGGGAACACCAACUUGCUGAAGAGGAUUCUGACGGGAAGGAGAAAGGAGGCCAUGGCCAAGCCAAAUGUUGCCGUGGGUGCUUAGCUGACAGAAGCGACGUCAACUCUACACAUGCAUUUGUAUACUUCCCUUUCCGCUGUAAAUUAACUAAUUAAGCGUGACCGAUUUGAUUGGUCGUUGAGCUCUGUCCUUUUGAUCAAUUUUAGUAAGAACAAUUGAAGUUUAUAUGUAAUAAGCCGUAUGUAUUAGUGUGCUCUGCGACGUUUCCGGCAAAAUUGUGCUGUUGCUGGAGGCCAUGGAUCUACAUCCGCUUUGAUUUCCCGUGCAAGAGAAACAACA